CGAUCCCUAUUGCUGUAUUGCAGCAGCACUUAAAAAAUAAAAAAAGAAAGAAAUUCAGUUGUGAGCAAGUCUCAGUCAGUCCUUGAACACACUCUCGUGAUAUCUCCAUAAUUUAACUCAAAGAUUUCUAAGUCAUGCAAACUAUUUUGUUGCCGGAAUUUCGUCCCACCUGUAUUCCAUCUAUAUUUACGGCCAAAUCCUCGUCACACUCUCGCCGUACUUCAUCUUGUAGCCAUUCAAUUUCUUUCAGCCGCAACCCCUCUCACUCAUUCUCAUCUUUCUCUACUCCCCUCAAAAUUCAAUCUUUAUGUGAAAUUCGAUCAAAUCAGAGGAAAAUAACACCUGGGGUUGCUCCCAUUUCUUCUGUUUAUGCACCGCCCUCCAAUGAUGAGACAGAAGAUGCAAAACUAGCUCAGGUCGCCAAGAGAUUACAACAGACUGCGAGGUAUUUCAAGAGGUUGGGUAACUUGGGAUUUUGGGGACAGCUGGCGUGUACUAUAGUAUCUGCUGUUAUUCUUUCUUUCUCGAUUGUUGUUACGGGAAAGAUUACUUCACCUGUUACAUUCUAUGCAACUGCUGGUGGUAUUGCAGCUGCUUUCAUUGCAGUGUUUUGGUCGUAUGGUUAUAUUCGUCUUUCUGAUAAGCUACAAAAAACUGCCUAUAGCCCUUCCAAGGCUCCUCCCCGUUCUGAUGUGGUACAAAGCUUGAAAAAUGGCAUAAUUGUGAACCUUCUGGGAAUGGGUGCUGCUAUGCUUGGCAUGCAAGCUACUGUAGGGUGGUUGAUGGCUAAGUCUCUGACCACAUCAAGCAAUCCAUUUUACCAAGGUGUCUCACCUAUGAGCAGUCCUGUUCUGGCGUUGGAUGUGUUCUUGGUGCAGGCAUCUGCAAAUACCAUCCUGUCUCAUUUCUUGGGGCUUGUCUGUUCCUUGGAACUGUUGCGCACGGUUACACUGCCCCCUUCGAGAAGUAUCCCGAUUGCCAGGGUAGCAUGAAUAUCAACUGAACUAAAUUCCACUAUGUCUGAAGUACAGUGUUCAAACUUUCAACAAUGGUACAUGAGUAUAAGCUGAAUUAACUAAUCACAUUCAGAAUUCAAGACAAAAGGUGAAAAUGAAAGUUCACUGAUGUACCUAGCUAAAGUUAGCGACUUUGUUCUUAGGUAAGACACAUGUUUUGUGCUUUAAUCGCUAUUUGCUAGACUGUUGGUUGCUGCAGAAUUUGCUUGAUUGCUUAAGAGUGCAGGGACAUGUAAAAAUUGCAUUGUGAAUGUGUUUUUUAAAGGUUUGUUUGGUUGUUCCCGUGGACACAUACAAAGCACUAAAUCCUAAGCAUAUAGCUCAUUUUGAUUGA